AUGGAUGCUCUAAAGAAAAAUGAAACUUGGGAUUUGGUUCCAAAACCCAAGGAUGUCCAACCCGUCUCAUGCAAAUGGGUGUACCGGAUCAAGCGUAAGAGGGAUGGAAACAUUGAUAGACACAAAGCAAGAUUGGUUGCUCGGGGAUUUUCUCAGAAGUAUGGAGAAGACUAUGAUGAGACUUUCAGUCCAGUGGCGAAGAUGACUACGGUACGUACACUCUUAUCUUUAGCUGCAAGCUUUGGCUGGAAGUUAUGGCAGUUAGAUGUGAAGAACGCUUUUCUAUACGGAGAACUUGAUAAAGAAAUCUAUAUGGAGCAACCACUUGGUUACAUAUCACAAGAGCAUCCCGAUUAUGUUUGCAAGCUAAAGAAGGCUUUGUAUGGGUUAAAACAAGCUCCAAGGGCCUGGUAUGGAAAGCUUGCUCAGUUUCUUCAGUUUUGCGGUUACUCUCCGUCGAACUCUGAUCCGAGUCUGUUCUUCAAGAAGAAUGGAGGAGUCCACGUGGUAGUCCUUCUUUAUGUGGAUGACUUGAUAAUUACCGGGAAUGAUGAAGCGGAAAUUGCUCGUCUGCAAGAGGAUAUGUCGAUAAGGUUUGAGAUGAAGAUGUUGGGUGAGCUGAACAACUUUCUUGGUUUGGAGGUUGAAAGGAUGAAGGAUGGAAUAUUCAUCGGCCAACAUAGCUACGCAAGAAGGAUUGUAGAGAAGUUCGGGGUACACGAAGGAAAGACACGUACUACUCCGAUGGAUGCGAACAUCAAGCUGAAGCGCGAUGAAGGAUCCUUGCUACCCGAUCCUCGGCCUUAUCGUUCUCUUGUGGGAAGUCUUCUAUACUUAACCAUUACAAGACCUGACAUUUCCUUCGCGGUUGGUCUUGUAAGUCGGUUUAUGCAGUCACCAAGGAAGCCACAUCUAGAAGCGGCAAAGAAGAUCUUGAAGUAUGUGAAGACAACUCUUGGCAUGGGUCUAAUGUACAAGUACAAUGCCAAGGUCUCUCUCUAUGGCUUCACGGAUGCUGACUUUGGUGGAGAUCUAGAUGGUCGAAAAUCAACUUCGGGCUUUGUGUUCUUGUGUGGAGACACAAGCGUUUCAUGGUGCAGCAAGAAACAAGCAACGGUGUCGCUGUCUACCACUGAAGCGGAGUAUAAAGCUUCGACGCUCGCAGCCCAAGAGUGUAUUUGGCUUCGAAGGCUUCUUGAAGAUUUGUUUGAGCCAAUCAACAAGCCGGUUGCCAUAUAUGGAGAUAACCAAAGUGCUAUCAAGCUGGCUAACAAUCCGGUGUUCCAUGCAAGGACGAAGCAUAUUGAGUUGGAACAUCACUUCAUACGGGAGAAGGUGCUUGAUGGAACAAUUGAAGCUUUGGAGGUUCGAAGUGAGGAUAAUGUUGCAGAUAUCUUCACCAAGUCACUACCAAAAGAGGUCUCGUACCGGGAGGCACUCAAUUUGGAACACAAAAUUGCUCAUCUUUUGCGUACAACGCAGGACUUUUUGGCUCUUCUCUUGACGACGAUUGUCCAUCAUCGCAACAAUAUGAGACGCCAGAUAGAGGAAGAAGAUGAAGAUGAAGACGAAGAAGAAGAGGUGUUUAGUUGGAUUGCAGCUGCUAUAGGAUCUGGACCUGGUAUUGUGCUUGGAUUGACAAUCGGAUACAUACUGUUUGUUUACAAACCAGAGUGGUUUAGAAACAAACACAGAAGCAGAAGCACCACAACUCGUUGA